CGUUAGCUAACUAGGUACACGCCUCUCUCUUGACAUACGCACAUGUCUAACCUUAUGCUGCCCCUUAAAGCUUGUCGAGCAGCGAUAACUGCCUUAGUAUUAGAAAAAUAGAAGAAAUGACAGAGAUUUCCAUGCAAGAGUUUUUAGAUGCCAAAAAGCAUUAGCAGACAAUGAGUUGCAAAGGUUCUGUUGCUCCGGCUGGGGAUGCCAUUACUCCGCUCCAACAGAUGGUGGCCUCCUGCUCCGGAGCGCUCCUCACGUCUCUCUUUGUCACACCUUUGGAUGUUGUAAAGAUAAGGCUUCAAGCACAGAAAUCCCCCUUCCCCAAAGGUAAGUGUUUUGUCUACUGCAAUGGACUGAUGGACCACAUAUGUGUGUGUGAAAAUGGAAACACCAAGGCCUGGUACAAAGCUCCUGGUCACUUUAAUGGCACCCUGGAUGCCUUUGUCAAGAUUAUACGUAGUGAAGGAAUCAAAGCAUUGUGGAGCGGUUUACCUCCAACCCUUGUUAUGGCAGUCCCAGCUACAAUGAUCUACUUCACAUGCUAUGACCAGCUGUGUGCAGCUCUUAGGAUCAGGAUGGGGGACUAUUCUCAGGAGGCUCCUCUCGUAGCAGGAGCUUUUGCUAGAGUGGGUUCAGCAACAGUGAUCAGCCCUCUGGAGUUGAUCCGGACAAAGCUGCAGGCUCAGAAACAGUCCUAUGGGGAACUCACUGUCUGCAUCCGCUCAGCAAUAGAGAAUGAGGGUUGGCUGUCUUUGUGGCGGGGUUUGGGACCCACACUGCUCCGGGAUGUGCCCUUCUCAGCCUUGUACUGGUACAAUUAUGAGAAGGGAAAGAGCUGGCUAUGUGAAUGGUACAACACUAGAGAACCCACAUUCACCAUCACCUUCCUAUCUGGAGCGGUGUCUGGCUCAAUUGCAUCUAUUGUAACGUUACCUUUUGAUGUUGUCAAAACAAGAAGACAGGUGGAGCUGGGAGAGCAACAAGCAAAACACUUGUCACAUCAGGUCUCAUCCUCCACCUUAAGUGUGAUGAAAAGGAUUGUUGCACAGGUCGGCUUUGGUGGACUGUUCACAGGUUUCCUCCCCAGGCUGAUUAAAGUGGCCCCAGCCUGUGCCAUCAUGAUCAGUACCUAUGAGUUUGGAAAGGCCUUCUUCUACAAACGUAACCAGGAAAGGAUACUCCUGUCGCUGCAGACCAGUAAUACCUGAAGGACUUCUUUCAAAACCAAGCAACACUACUGUAGGACUACUGCUCCAGGAAUGAGAAGGCCACAAUGAACAAAGCAGCAGAAAUGGCAGUGAGCCAAUCCACUUAUAGUACAGAAUGUUAAAGAUGAUCAGAGUUUAUAUUAAUUAAUACUAUUGUAUUUAUUUGUUUUAGGUUUUGUUCGCAGGCAAAAACAGAUUAUGACAAAUCACACACUCUGCCACUACAUGCCUACUAUAUCUUUAGAAUUCAUGUCAUUUCUGGAUUACUGUGCAUGCAGUCCUUACAUUCGACGUGUCAGCGUGACCUCCACAUCAUGUGUCAUUGUUUCCCACAGGAUCUGCAUGUUUUGGCAUCUCCAGUCUGACCCUUUGUAACUUGUACAUGUGUGUCACAGAGAGAUAAACAUGCACAGACGUUAGUGUCAGUACUGUAUGUCAUAAAUGUUUUAUAGUUGGACCAGAGACCGCCAAGGGACUGUGACAGGAGUAGAGUUGAUCAAAAUAUGUGUCAAAUGAAAAAUGUACAUACCUGACUGUGUUUGGAAAUGCUUUUCAUUCACCAAACAACAAUCAAUAAAAUAAUCUGUUUUACCAA